GGUAUUUGUGGCUGAGCUGGAGCAGCAGAAAUGACAUCACCAGCUGUGGUGUGUGAAGCAAAUCAUGAAUGAGUGCAACUCCAAGCCCGGGGGUUACACACAGGUUUAAAGGCUCCGUCUGUUCCACACGAGGAUGGCCUGUCAGCUUAUCCGGAUAAUGCGUCCGGAUGAUGCAAACAUCGCAGGGAACGUCCAUGGGGGGACCAUCCUGAAAAUGAUCGAAGAGGCAGGUGCCAUCAUCAGCACCCGGCACUGCAAUUCCCAGUCAGGGGAGCACUGUGUGGCUGCGCUGGCCCGUGUGGAGCGUACAGACUUCCUCUCGCCCAUGUGCAUAGGCGAAGUGGCUCACGUGAGUGCGGAAAUCACUUACACCUCCAAACAUUCCGUGGAAGUUCAAGUCAACGUGCUCUCUGAAAACAUCCUCACAGGUGCUAAGAGGGUGACUAAUUGGGCGACUCUGUGGUAUGUGCCUCUUUCGCUAAAGAACGUGGACAAAGUCCUUGAAGUUCCUCCUAUUCAGUAUGCAUGGAAAGAGCUGGAGGAGGACGGAAAGAAACGCUAUGAAGAGCAAAAACUGGAACGACUGGUAACUAAACAGAGAAAUGGAGACAUUAUCUUCCCUGUUUUCAACCCAGAUAGACAGAAUAAAGAGCCAUACACUGUAGGCUAUAGCCAAUCCAGCCUGAUCCAUCUGGUGGGCCCAUCAGACUGCACUCUACAUGGAUUUGUACAUGGAGGUGUUACUAUGAAGUUAAUGGAUGAGGUAGCUGGAAUUGUAGCUGCUCGCCAUUGUAAGACCAACAUUGUCACAGCUUCUGUGGAUGCCAUUAACUUCCAUGAGAAGAUCAAAAAAGGUUGUGUCAUUACUAUUUCUGGACGCAUGACCUUCACGAGCAAUAAAUCCAUGGAGAUAGAGGUCUUUGUUGAUGCUGAUCCUUUUGUUGAUGAGCCUAAAGAAAGAUAUCGAGCUGUCAGUGCAUUCUUUACCUAUGUAUCCCUGAGCAAGGAGGGGAAGCCCGUACCUGUUCCACAGCUGGUGAUAGAAACUGAAGAUGAGAAGAGGCGUUUUGAAGACGGAAAAGGGAGAUAUCUUCAAACGAAAGCCAAAAGGCAGGUGCAGAUGCAACCGCUCACUCAACAAUGACCCUUCAUCUUGGACCUAAGUAUUUAUGGCAGAGCCGCCUAGAAAUAAACAUAUCCACUUCAGAAAUAUUUCCUUGGACAAAUAAAACAAACCUUUUACUAGUGUUUUGUGUGAAGUGUUCAGAGCCCUGUGUAUUCAUUGAUCCUGUAGCUGUGCAAAUGGAUGCAGAAUUCACUCUGUGCUGCAGAAUUGUGCUCCAGAAGAUAAGGAACUGAGCCUUUCAGCUGUCACUCGUGUUGAGAUGAAGUGUUUGUCUUUUUGCGUUCACACGUAAACUGAAACAAUCAUUCUGAAGUCUGAGCUGUGCCACCAUUUGUCACAAUUGAAUGUUAAAUUUGAACCGUAAUGAUGCCAAUUUAAAUCAGUUUUUGAAUUGUUAAACUAUUGAUCAGUUUAGCAGAAACAUCCAGUCUAAUAUGUUUGUUCCAUAAUUUCAGGCAAACUGCUGUGCCUUUCUGGAUGCCAAAGGCCCAUGCUAGCUUCCCAAAGGCCAAUUUCUGCAGUACAGCUGUUAUCAGUUUUUAAAAGGCACACUGAAUAUGUAGGAGCAGCAUAAAAUUGAAUUUAAUGUCCAAGUAAAUACUACCAGGUUACUGUACACGGUAUAUUAUUCAUUCUGACACAAUUCAAUAGAUAACUCCAGUCUGCCAUAGGUAGAGUGCCACAGAAAGCAACGGGCAUGGCAAAGAAUACACACGGCUUUGACUCCUUGUAAUGCAGUGUUGAUCUACAGUAUGUCCUAAAAUAUGUACAUCAAAGCUUAUUUAUAAUACUCAGUAUAAAUGCGUCUCAGUAUUGUAUGGGACUCUCAAGUCAUUCCAUUCAAAUCUAUGUAAUAUUCAUGUGCACAUCUAAGUUAUUUAAGGUGCACUGUGACAUAAAUAAAGUUGGUCAGUCUUCAGCUGAAGAAAAGAA